AUGUCCUUCCUUUCUCUUCUUUCUCAGAGUACAGCACUGUCGAUCGACGUCUCGAAACCAACAAGAAGCACAUCAAGUGACCUCUCGAAACGGACAUCCUCAGCCUGCAACAACUCGCCUGACCUCUGCUCCAAGGCGUACAACAGCAUCGUCCAUCUCGGCGCCCACGACUCCCCCUUCGUCCGCGACGCCUCGACAGACUACUCGACGUCCGGAAACCAAUACUAUAACUCGACCGUGCAACUCUCGGCCGGCGUGCGGCUGCUGUCGGCCCAAGUGCACAAGACCAACGGGCAAUGGCACCUCUGCCACUCGUCCUGCGACCUGAUGGACGCGGGCCUCCUGUCUGACUGGCUGGAAGAGAUCAAGGAAUGGCUCGACUCCAACGCCAACGACGUCGUGACACUGCUCCUGGUCAAUUCCGACGAUGCAACAGCCGCCGAACUAGCCCAGCAGUUCGCAGCCGCCUCCAUCGCCGACUACGCAUAUACACCGGCAUCCAGUACUUCGGCGCCCGCCACCUGGCCGACCCUGCAAGAACUCAUCAGCUCAGGCAAGAGACUCAUGACGUUCGUCGCGUCGCUGGACACCAGCACGCUCUCGUCCAACGCGUCCGAGUCCUACCUCAUGGACGAGUUCACGUUCAUCUUCGAGAACGCCUACGACAACACCAACGCCAGCGACUUCAGCUGCACGCCGGACCGCCCGAGUUCGGUGAAAGGCGACUCGCAGCGUGCCAUUGCGUCGAACCGCAUGGCAUUGACCAACCAUUUCUUGUACAAGGAGGGUCUGUUUGAUAUCGAAACCCCCGACUCCGAUCAGAUCAAUGUCACCAACUCACCUUCCAACUCGGUGGGGAAUCUCGGCUACGCUCUGAACGCGUGCAAUUCCGAGUACGGCCAGCCGUCGACCUUCGUGCUGGUCGAUUUCUUCGACCAGGGUCCAGCCAUCGACGCUGUCGAUGCCGCAAAUGGCGUCACCAGUCCUGUCGGUCGGACGGCGCCGCCGGCGCGAGACACGCGCGAAGACUCGAAUAGUCAGAGUCUCAGCCAGUCGUCGUUUCAGGGCAUCGUCGAUCUCGUCAAUCAGGUCAAAGAGGGCGAGAAGCCAAAGUUGGGCGCCUGGAUCUGGGCCGCGGGGAAGUGGACUUUGGGUGGCAUCAAUUUGAGUGGAGGGAGUGUUGUGACUUGA